CCUCAACACUUAAUUAUUAUCCUGGCAGCCGACUGUUGCUCGUUUGACUUUAUAAACUACUCCGACUGCUGAAACUGCUGAAAUAGGGUCCUCACAAACACUUAGUGCUCAGCUUUGUCUGCGUCAAGAUGAAUGAAACGCACAACAACAGGACUUCCCUGGUCAAAGGCGCCAAGGACAUCGCCAAGGAAGCCAAGAGGCAAGCCGGCAAGAACUUCAGCAAGGCGGUGGACCGCGCCUCGGACGAAUACUCGGCGCACCGCAGUUACAAUCGAUUCCAUAACGACGAGGAGGAGGAGAACGACUACAAUUGCCACUACGACGGCAAAGCGGCCAAUGACGAGGACGGGGCGUCCAGCGAUGCCACGGAGGGCCACGACGACGAAGACGAGAUCUACGAGGGCGAGUACCAAGGCGUGCCCGCCUACCAGGAAGGGAAACCCCGGGACGGACAGACGCCCCCGGGCCAGCCGGCAGACGACGGUCCGAAGAGCCGCAAGGAGCUGGAGAACGAGCGGCAGGCCGACGAGGAGGAGCUGGCGCAGCAGUACGAGCUCAUCAUGCAGGAGUGCGGCCACGGGAGGUUCCAGUGGCAGCUCUUCUUCGUGCUGGGCCUGGCGCUUAUGUCGGACGGCGUGGAGGUGUUCGUGGUGGGAUUCGUCCUGCCCAGCGCCGAAACGGACAUGUGCGUGCCCAACUCCGGCGCCGGAUGGCUCGGCAGUAUUGUGUACCUCGGAAUGAUGUUCGGAGCCUUCUUUUGGGGCGGCCUGUCGGACAAGCUGGGCCGUAAACAGUGCCUGCUGAUAUCAUUGUCAGCUAACGGCUUCUUCGCCUUCCUCUCCUCCUUCGUGCAAGGCUACAGCACCUUCCUCUUCUGCCGCAUGCUGUCGGGAUUCGGGAUUGGCGGCGCAGUGCCCAUUGUGUUUUCAUACUUCGCCGAGGUGUUGGCCCGGGAGAAACGUGGCGAGCACCUGAGCUGGCUCUGCAUGUUCUGGAUGAUCGGCGGCAUCUAUGCCUCGGCCAUGGCGUGGGCCAUCAUCCCACACUAUGGUUGGAGUUUCAGCAUGGGCUCCGCCUACCAGUUCCACAGCUGGCGAGUGUUUGUGGUGGUGUGUGCGCUGCCUUGCGUCUCAGCAGUGGUGUCGCUCACCUUCAUGCCCGAGAGCCCCCGCUUCUUCUUACAGAUGGGCAAACACGACGAGGCCUGGAUGGUUCUCAAGCACAUCCAUGAUAUCAAUAUGCGAGCCCGCGGAGAGCCCGAGAGAGUCUUCACCGUGAACCGGAUUAAGAUCCCCAAACUGCUGGACGAGCUGGUGGAGAUGCAGAGCGAAUCGGCCAACACGGUGCUGAAGGUUCUCUCAAAAGUCAAGGCAGAGCUCCGAGGGAUCUGGUCAACUUUCAUGAGAUGCUUCGACUACCCAGUAAAAGACAACACUAUGAAACUGGCAGCGGUUUGGUUUACGCUUUCCUUCGGGUACUACGGGCUGUCCGUUUGGUUCCCCGACGUGAUCAAGCACCUGCAGGCCGACGAGUACGCCUCCCGGGUGAAGAUCCACACCAACGAACGCAUCGAAGACUUCACCUUCAACUUCACGCUGGAGAACCAGAUCCACAGAAACGGCGUUUUCCUCAACGACAGGUUCAUUAGCAUGAAGUUCAAGGCGGUCUCCUUCGUCAACUCCUCUUUCCUCAACUGCUACUUUGAGGACGUCUCCUCCGUGGGCUGCUCUUUCAAAAACUGCACCUUCAUCGACUCCUUCUUUUAUAGCACGGAUAUCGACGACGCCAAGCUGACAAACUCCAGGGUGGUCAACACCACCUUCCACCACAACAAGACGGGCUGUCAGAUGACCUUCGACGACGACUACAGCGCCUACUGGGUCUACUUCGUCAACUUCCUAGGAACGCUGGCCGUGCUGCCCGGCAACAUCGUCUCGGCCCUCCUCAUGGACAAAAUCGGCCGCCUCAGCAUGUUGGGUGGCUCCAUGGUGCUGUCGGGCAUCAGCUGCUUCUUCCUGUGGUUCGGCACCAGCGAGUCCAUGAUGAUCUUCAUGCUGUGCCUGUACAACGGCCUCAGCAUCUCCGCCUGGAACUCCUUGGAUGUGGUCACGACGGAGCUGUACCCCACCGACAGGAGAGGGACCGGCUUCGGCUUCUGCAACGCCCUGUGCAAGCUGGCCGCCGUGCUGGGCAACCUGAUCUUCGGCUCUCUCGUGGGCAUCACCAAGGCCAUCCCCAUCCUGCUGGCGUCAUGCGUGCUGGUCUGCGGCGGGUUGGUGGGCCUGCGGCUGCCCGACACGCGCGCCAACGUCCUCAUGUAAACGCCCAGCGCCACGUUUGUUUGUUUUCCUGGGCCUGUGCCACUGUUCAUUCGACGCAGAUUAUAAGGGAAACUGUUCUUUUAGAUUAUUGACGUCAAAGUUGCUAAAGAUAGACUAGGCCCUAAAGCAGUUGUUUAAACGUCAAAAACACAAUAAACGUGACUCAAGCUUUUUAAACACUUUAUGGCUCAAAUUAAAAUAUGCUAAAGCUGCUUUUUGACCCUCGCAGGGAGCCGUAGCUUUACAUUAACGGAGCAUUUCACUCCCGUUACACCAACAACAUAGCCGCUAACGAAUAGAUUGACAAGCCUCACAAAAGUGAUUUUUACUUUUGUAUUUAUUUCUACAUUUAUGUCCAAAGAAAAGCAAGUAUCUCCAACUUUUAUUUGUUUUUCCUUUUCAGAAAAAAAGGAACAUAAUUGUUUAAAGGAUAAACAAACAUAAAAUUUGGAGAUACAUGCUUUCCAGUAAACAGCGACAAUGUAUUUAUUUUCUUAUUUUUUACAUUUAUGUAUUUACUUCUUUACAUAUUGCCACUGUCCAAU